GGAUGGGAUAUUUCACCAGGCAGAGUUCACUCGACUUCAGAGCAAGCGGACAGUAACUUUUUAUUUUAUUUUUAACUCCUAAAGUCUCAGCCACAGAAUGGAAUAGGUUAAGAGUGUUGGGUCGGUGUCGUAGAAGAUAGAUCAAACCAGAGCUGUGGAUUGGCAUGUCUUCCUCCAGCCCUGACAGUGAAAGUGAUCCGUGUGGCUCCACAGAGGACUUGACUGGUGCAGGUGGUCAGCCGGACGGAGCUGAGUCUCCCGCUCAGCCCAGCGGAGCUGUCAUGCUGCCCAAAGGCGACACGGAAUCUCUAGGACUCGUUCGAUCGCAUGGAGAACAGGGGCACAUGCCAAGAAAUAUGCAAGCCCCCCACUAUAAAAUGAUGGACUACUCGUAUGAUGAAGACUUGGAUGAGAUGUGUCCGGUUUGUGGAGACAAGGUUUCUGGAUACCAUUAUGGGCUCCUCACAUGUGAAAGCUGCAAGGGCUUCUUCAAGCGCACGGUUCAGAACAACAAGCGGUACACAUGCAUAGAGAACCAGACAUGUGCCAUCGACAAGACACAAAGAAAACGCUGCCCUUAUUGCCGCUUCCAGAAGUGCCUCACUGUUGGCAUGAAGCUGGAAGGUAAGGGCACCUCAUAUUAAUGAGGUUAUAAGACAACAAGAAGGUCUUGCAGUUUGGCAUCAGCCUCUGGCAUAAGUGAUGGGAGAAAUUGUGUACUAGUCACCAUCCAUGGAUUUUGGUUCUGGUGUAAAUAUACAAUAUUUUCAAUAAAGACAGCUUUUUAUAGGCCAUCUUAGUAUAGGCCAACUAUGUUAUGGUCAGGGUUUGACUUAUGUUGGUGCAUGACAGACCUGGGUUCAAAUAGUAUUCUUUUUCUCUUUCAAAAAGGGGUUUUGGACUUUUGGGACUACUCUAUUGGUUCCAUUGUGCAACGCGAGUUCAGUCACACCCAGCUAAAGUUGUUGAAAGUAAAUGAAAUCUAUUUUAGCCCAGAGACUGGUGCAUACAGUACACAGGGGUCAGUAGAUUCUCCCAUAAUAAAUCAGAUCAUGCUCAAACGAGUCGGAAUAUGUGACCGACCGCCUCAAUUCGGUCUUAUGUAGCAACAUUUGAAAAAGACUCAGAGGUACAAAAUGGUACAUCAUACACUGCAUUUGAGGAACAAUGGGAAGGUAAUUCUAAUUUAAAGUUGUAGCCCCACUUUUGGAAUGUUUUGGUACACCUACAGGAGAGCUCUUCUCUGUCUACACCCAUUCAGCAUCGUUCACAUCCUCUU